ACCGCCGGCCGCCGUCACCAUGCCGUGGCCCUUCUCCGAGUCCAUCAAGAAGCGGGCCUGCCGCUACCUGCUGCAGCGCUACCUGGGCCACUUCCUGCAGGAGAAGCUGAGCCUGGAGCAGCUCAGCCUGGAUCUCUACCAGGGCACCGGCUCCCUGGCCCAGGUCCCCCUGGACAAGUGGUGUCUCAAUGAGAUCCUGGAGUCGGCGGAUGCACCUUUAGAAGUCACCGAAGGAUUCAUACAGUCCAUUUCGCUCUCAGUUCCAUGGGGCUCCUUGCUACAGGACAAUUGUGCACUGGAAGUGAAAGGGUUGGAGAUGGUUUUCCGGCCUAGACCCCGACUAGCAACUGGUUCUGAGCCUAUGUAUUGGUCAAGUUUCAUGACCAGCAGUAUGCAAUUGGCCAAAGAAUGUCUUAGCCAGAAACUAACAGAUGAACAAGGAGAAGGAACUCAGCCUUUUGAAGGACUUGAAAAGUUUGCGGAAACCAUCGAAACAGUACUGAGAAGAGUCAAAGUCACUUUUAUAGACACUGUCUUGAGAAUUGAACAUGUGCCGGAAAAUUCCAAAACUGGAACUGCACUUGACAUUCGAAUAGAAAGAAUUGUUUACUGUGAUGAAACUGCUGAUGAGUCCUCAGGAAUUAAUGUGCAUCAACCUACAGCGUUUGCUCACAAGUUACUUCAGCUCUCUGGAGUGUCUCUCUUCUGGGAUGAGUUUUCUGCAUCAGCAAAAUCUUCCCCAGUGUGUUCAACUGCACCAGUGGAAACUGAGCCAAAGUUGUCACCUAGCUGGAACCCCAAAAUUGUUUAUGAGCCACACCCACAACUAACUAGAAGUUUACCAGAGGUCACGCCCUCUGACCCCGUGCAGAUUGGAGAGCUCAUUGGUAAAUUGGAGUUGAGUCUCACAUUGAAACAGAAUGAAGUACUUCCAGGAGCAAAGUUGGAUAUUGAUGGGCAGAUAGAUUCGAUUCAUCUGUUCCUGUCGCCGAAGCAGGUACAUUUGCUUUUGGAUAUGUUAGCAGCGAUUGCUGGACCAGAAAAUUCUAGCAGAAUUGGGUUGGCUAAUAAAGAUAGAAAAAAUCGACCUCUGCAGCAGGAAGAUGAAUAUCGGAUUCAGUUGGAAUUGAACCGUUAUUAUUUGGGGAAAAACUCCCUUUCUGUGGGCGUACCUUCAGAGCAAAGCUUCUAUGAAUCUGAAACGACUCGCACACCUUCUAGCCGUGAAGAAGAAGUUUUCUUCUCUAUGGCUGAUAUGGAUAUGUCCCACAGCCUUUCUUCUCUUCCGCCCCUUGGGGACCCCCCAAAUAUGGACCUUGAACUAUCUCUAACGAGUACAAAUACAAAUACCCCAGCAGGAUCUCCGUUAAGUGCUACUCUGCUUCAGCCAGCCUGGGGAGAUUACCUCGAUCAUCAGAAAGAGCAGCAUGCCAGAGGGUCCACGUUGCCAUCCAACCUCAUUCACCCAGGAGUCUCACAGAAGACUUCUCUCCCUUCUAGGUCUGUUUCAGUGGAUGAAUCCAGGCCUGAACUUAUUUUUAGAGUAGCUGUGGGAGCUCUUUCCGUUUCUGUGCUUCACAUUGAUCCUUUAUCUCCACCCGAUACAUCAUUGAACCUUAAUCCAUUGACUUCAAUGGCGAUGGCUUUCUUUACUUGUAUAGAAAAGAUUGAUCCAGCAAGAUUCUCAACCGAAGAUUUUAAGUCUUUCCGAGCAGUAUUUGCAGAAGCUUGUUCUCAUGAUCAUCUUAGGUUUAUAGGUACUGGCAUCAAAGUGUCCUAUGAGCAGAGACAAAGAUCGGCUGCCCGUUGCGUCAGUACCGAUGUGUCAGUGGGGGACAUGGAGCUGGUGGAGUGUCUGUUUCCCACUGACUCUCAGUCUGUGCCUCCUCACUACACAGAGCUUUUAAUGUUUCAUCCCAAAGAACGAACUGAUUGUCACCCUCCAUUGUGUCUUCAGCUUCAUUACAAGCAUUCUGAGAGUAAAGGACCCCAGGGUAAUCAAGCGAGACUAAGUGCUGUUCCUCAGAAGGCUGAAUUACAAAUUAAACUAAACCCAGUAUUUUGUGAGCUGGACAUCAGUAUUGUGGAUAGGUUGAAUUCUUUGCUUCAGCCACAGAAACUGUCUACAGUGGAGAUGAUGGCCUCUCACAUGUAUACUUCAUAUAAUAAGCAUGUUAGUUUGCACAAGGCUUUCACCGAAGUAUUUCUAGAUGAUACCCAUAGUCCUGCAAAUUGUCGAGUAUCGGUACAAGUUGCCACACCAGCAUUGAACCUUUCUGUUCGCUUCCCAAUACCUGAUCUUCGGUCAGACCAAGAAAGAGGGCCGUGGUUUAAGAAGUCCCUCCAGAAGGAGAUCCUUCAUUUAGCAUUCACAGAUCUAGAAUUCAAGACUGAAUUUUUAGGAGGCUCAACUCCAGAACAAAUGAAACUGGAACUUACCUUUAGAGAACUAGCAGGUUCAUUCCAGGAAGAUAAAGGAGAACCAGCUAUUAAGUUUUUCCAUGUUUCUAGUGGCCUAGAUGGAGAUCCUUCAUCCUCAGAUGACUUUGAUUGGCCACGGAUUGUACUGAAGAUCAAUCCCCCAGCUAUGCAUUCCAUCCUGGAGAGGAUCGCUGCUGAGGAGGAAGAGGAUGAGGAAAAUGAUGGGCACUAUCAGGAGGAAGAGGAGGGCGGCGCCCACUCCCUCAAGGACGUCUGUGACCUCCGAAGACCAGCCCCAUCACCCUUUUCCUCUCGCAGAGUGAUGUUUGAAAAUGAACAGAUGGUGAUGCCAGGUGACCCUGUGGAAAUGACAGAGUUUCAGGAUAAAGCAAUCAGCAAUUCUCACUACGUACUGGAACUUUCGUUACCCACUGUUCAUAUAACACUACCUAAUAAAAGUUUUUAUGAGAAGCUUUAUAAUAGGAUAUUUAAUGACUUGCUGCUGUGGGAACCAACAGCUCCUUCACCAGUGGAAACUUUUGAAAAUAUUUCCUAUGGUAUUGGACUUUCAGUAGCCAGCCAGCUGAUCAAUACCUUCAACAAAGAUAGUUUCACUCCAUUUAAGUCUGCUGUGCACUAUGAUGAGGAAAGUGGAUCUGAAGAGGAGACUUUGCAGUAUUUUUCUACUGUUGAUCCCAACUAUCGUUCCCGUAGGAAGAAAAAACUAGACUCCCAAAACAAGAACUCGCAGAGUUUCCUCUCAGUUCUUCUGAGUAUUAAUCAUGGGCUAAUGGCAGUAUUUACAGAUGUCAAGCAAGAAAAUGGAGAUCUGCUGGCAAACAAGCAUGGUGAAUUCUGGUUCGAAUUCAGUGGUGGCUCAUUGUUCUGUGUGACAAACUAUGAAGGUUUCGAUGACAAGCACUACAUCUGCCUCCACACUAGCAGUUUCAGUCUGUACCACAAAGGUAUAGUGGAUGGGGUGGUGCUCCCCACAGAAACACGCCUGCCCAGUGUCAACCGCCCUCAUUGGUUGGAACCUACUAUUUAUUCCUCUGAGGAAGAUGGUGUCAGCAGAGCUUCCACAGAUGGUGUUGGAGGAGACACUUUAAAUAUGCUCUCUGUCGCCGUCAAAAUCUUAUCUGAUAAAUCAGAGUCCAACACAAAGGAAUUUCUGAUUGCGGUGGGCCUUCGAGGAGCCACCCUCCAACACAGAGUGCUGCCUUCUGGGCUCAGCUGGCAUGAGCAGAUUUUAUACUUCUUGAAUAUUGCUGACGAACCUGUCCUGGGAUACAACCCUCCAACUUCAUUUACCACUUUCCACGUCCAUCUCUGGAGCUGUGCUCUUGAUUAUAGGCCUCUUUAUCUGCCAAUCCGAUCUCUUCUUACUGUUGAAACGUUCAGCAUUUCUAGUAGUGUUUCCUUGGACAAAUCUUCAUCUACUCUCAGAAUAAUCUUGGAUGAAGCUGCCUUACAUCUUUCUGACAAGUGUAAUACUGUCACUGUAAAUUUAAAUAGAGAUUAUGUUCAGGUGAUGGACAUGGGGCUUUUGGAAUUAACUAUCACUGCAGUGAAGUCUGAUUCUGAUGAUGGAGAACAAACCCAGCCACGCUUUGAGUUACACUGCUCCAGCGACAUUGUCCACAUCAGAACCUGUUCAGACUCUUGUGCGGCCUUAAUGAAUCUCAUUCAGUACAUCGCAAGCUAUGGGGACUUACAUGUGGCCAGCAAAGCAAAAGAGAAGCCCGGAGCUCCUCACAGGAAGACCAAGGUAGAUUCUAGUGGUCGAACAUCUUCACGUGGCCCAGUACUUCCCGAAGCAGAACAGCAGAUUCUCCGAGAUCUGAUGAGUGACGCGAUGGAGGAGGUUGAUAUGCAGCAGGCCACUGCCACAAAGCCGCAGGCUAAUGGAGAGACAGGAUCUCUCGAUGGAAAAUCACCAGCACCAGAGCACUGCUGUUCUGACCUCUUCCUCUUCCCAGAUGAGAGUGGGAGCGUGUCCCAGGAGCCAGACCCCACUUACACCUCCUUCACUCACCACACGAUCAGCGAUGCAAUGACUGCAGUACCCAUGGAGAAUGACGACUUCUGCAUCCUGUUUGCACCAAAGACCACAAUUCAGGAGAAAGAAGAAGAACCGGUUAUAAAAAUAAUGGUUGAUGAUGCUAUUGUGAUCAGAGAUAAUUAUUUCAGUCUGCCCAUUAAAAAGACAGAUACUAGCAAAGCCCCGUUACACUUUCCCAUCCCUGUUAUUCGCUAUGUUGUCAAAGAAGUCUCUCUGGUUUGGCAUCUCUAUGGUGGAAAAGAUUUUGGUCCAGUUCCUCCUCCAUCUCCAGCUAAAAGUUAUGGAAGUCCCUACAGUUCGCCUUCUCACACCCCCACAAGACAUAGUCGUCAUAUGGUCUAUGGGGGAAAAGGAAGAAAUCAUGACUUUUUAAUGGAGAUACAGCUAAGCAAGGUGAAGUUUCAGCAUGAGGUCUACCCGCCCUGCAAGCCCGAGUGUGAGUCGAGCCUCGUGGAGCACCCGGUCUCCCGGCAGGUGUUCACUGUUCAGGACCUGGAGAUCCGUGACCGCCUUGCCACAUCUCAGAUGAAUAAAUUUUUGUACCUCUAUUGCAGCAAAGAAAUGCCACGAAAAGCUCAUUCCAACAUGUUGACAGUGAAGGCGUUACACGUGCGCCCAGAGUCUGGCAAGUCCCCUCAGGAAUGCUGCUUACGAGUGUCCCUAAUGCCACUUCGCCUCAAUAUUGACCAGGAUGCUCUGUUCUUCCUGAAGGAUUUCUUUACAAGUCUUUCUACUGAAGUGGAAAUUCUGAUGGCUCCAGAUCCCGAAGUGAAAAAGUCUCCUGGAGCUGAUGUCACCUGCAGUUUGCCAAGGCACUUAAGCACUUCCAAAGAGCCAAGUUUGGUUCUUCCCGUUCCUAGGCCAAAGCAACCUUCUGUACAGGACAGUGCCAAAUUGGUGGGCCUGGUGAACGGGGAAGAAGAAAAGGACUUCUCAGCUGAGGAGGCAUCCUUCAGCGACCAGCCUGUCUUCUUCAGAGAAUUUAGAUUCACAUCAGAAGUUCCCAUUCGUCUUGAUUAUCAUGGCAAACAUGUAUCAAUGGAUCAGGGUACUUUAGCUGGAAUAUUGAUUGGUCUAGCCCAGUUAAACUGCUCUGAAUUAAAGUUAAAGAGACUUUUCUAUCGGCAUGGUUUGCUAGGUGUCGACAAAUUAUUCUCCUAUGCAAUCACAGAGUGGCUCACUGACAUUAAGAAAAACCAGCUGCCAGGAAUCCUGGGAGGUGUUGGUCCAAUGCAUUCACUAGUACAAUUAGUGCAAGGCCUCAAGGACUUGGUGUGGUUGCCGAUCGAGCAGUACCGGAAGGACGGCCGCAUUGUGCGUGGGUUUCAGAGAGGCGCAGCGUCCUUUGGCACCUCCACAGCCAUGGCCGCGCUGGAGCUUACCAACAGGAUGGUUCAGACCAUACAGGCAGCUGCAGAGACAGCUUAUGACAUGGUGUCCCCUGGUACUCUGGCCAUUGAGCCCCGGAAGAUCAGAAGGUUUCCCCAUCACCGUUUAGCCCACCAGCCAGUGGACCUUCGGGAAGGCGUGGCCAAAGCCUACUGUGUGGUGAAGGAGGGCAUCACAGACACGGCUCAAACCAUCUACGAGACAGCAGCCCGCGAGCAUGAGAGCCGUGGGGUGACAGGCGCUGUGGGCGAAGUCCUGCGCCAGAUCCCACCAGCUGUGGUGAAGCCGCUGAUUGUGGCCACAGAAGCCACAUCCAAUGUGUUGGGUGGUAUGAGGAACCAGAUCCGGCCUGAUGUGCGGCAGGAUGAGUCGCAGAAGUGGCGCCACGGGGAGGACUGAGUGCUCAGAGGGGCUUUGGGGAGCCGGUGGAGGAGAGGGUGGAGGUCGGAGCACAGUGCCUGCCCUGGUGCAGCUGCUGAGAGGUUCACUCACUCUGAUUUUGUGCUCAUCUCAGGAAUUACAGCAUUUCCUAGCUCCGUAAUCCACUAGCAAAGCAACAUGCAACCCCUAAACUGGCGGCUUUUUUUUUUUUUAUGGCUAGUUUGGUACUUGCCUGGAGAAGCAGUUAGUAGCUGGUGUCAAAGUCCAUAAAACAUUUGCUGCCAAGUUAGUGUGGGGAGCUAUAGUCAGGUCCCCUGUGAAGGCAGUGUCACAGGUGAGAAGCCCCUGGCACUUCCCUUUCCAAGUCCUGCUGCUACAAAAGGGAUUUUUGUGGCACUGAGGAGCUGUUUUGAUUUAUUCCUCCCCCCCAAAUUUAUAAAAGAAUCACAACCAUGAAACUUUUCUUGAGAAGGAGAGCAGAUGCCAUAGGAGAAGCAGAGCAAAGAGAAUGUUCAGUAGAAACACCAGGAAGGGGCUAAGCACCCGCCUAUGGCGUGUUGGGUCUCGCCUCUAUUAUUUCCAUGGACCCAGAAGCAUCCAGACAGGGUCUGUCGUAUUGCACUUUAUCCUGUGGGUGUGUAUGUAGGUGACUGUAAGUCCUGUGCUUUAUUCUUGAUGUCGUUUUCAAAGUCACAACAGUGCAGAGUGGAAGUCUGGAGAUGUGGGGCUUAGGAAUAGUAGCUGCUGGAACAGUGUGCCUUGUCUGGGAGAGGCAAGGGAACGCACAUUGGCCCUGUAGAAUCACAUCUAUGUUCCCAUUUAAGCAGUGCAGUGCGGGGCAGACGUAGAAGACGUGGAAAGGGAGAGGGGACACAAUCUUUACUCCCCUGCAGUUCUGCAGAGAUGCCCUAGUAAGCUAUUUCAGAGUACCAUUUUUACUUGGUCAACAAAUGUACAUUUUGAUAACCUGUCAGGAACGAAUAAAGCAUUUUUAUUUAAAGGUACAA